AUGAACUUCUCAUCAAUUUCCAAAGACUUGUAUGCAUGCAACUGUACUAGCACAGACAAUGAAGCUUUCAGAAGAGGCAUGCUCCAGGCGACUGCUAUUUUCAUGCUACUUGUGGCCAUAUUUGGAUCAUUAUUCAACAGUAUGUUCAUCUACAUUUUGCUGGAACAAAGUAUCCGCAAGUCAAGGACUAACAUCUACGUAAUCACGCUUUGCGUAGCCAGCAUACUGAUUGCAGUGUUCAUAGUUCCCUCCCUUGGUAUUUCCUCGCUUGCGGAUAACUGGGUGUUUGGUGAACAUGGGUGCAUUUUACAUGGAUUUGCCAUGACAGCUCUUGGCUUAUUUCAAAUCUUCAUUUUGACCGUGAUGUCCUUCGAAAAAUACAUCAUAAUGGCCAAGAAAAGUUGGGAACGUCUGCUAUCGAGGACUGGAACAACUGUUACCAUUAUAGGUUGUAGCAUUAUCGGGUUGUUUUUAGGAAGUUGCCCACUAAUUGGAUGGAACUCUUAUAAACUCGAAGAACAAAAGACUGCCUGCGCCAUUGACUGGUCUGACAGAAGCCCAUCAGCUCUGUGCUAUACCGUUCUGUUGAUGUUUAUCGGGCUCGUGAUUCCUGUUUCUAUCAUGAUUUUUUCAUAUGUCAAUAUUUUCCUCGUAAUACGUGGUCACAGGCACAAAUUACACCAGACGUUAAGGAGCAAUGGUAAAUGCUACGAGAAUAUGCUGAAACGAGAAAUCAAGGUUAUAAAGACAAUGUUUAUUCUUGUAUGUGCUUUCGUUUUCUCCUGGCUGCCAUACUCUGCCAUUUCAUUGUACGCAGUAUUUGAUGACGUCACGAAGGUCAAUCCUGUUUUGGGUAUGUUGCCUGCCUUGUUUGCAAAGGCAUCCGUCAUUUGGAAUCCAAUCAUAUACAUGUUUAUCAAUCAAUCUUACAAGAAGGUGUUAAAGGAAAAGUUAUCCUUGUAUACUCCAGCAGCCUGUGCCUGCUGCCAUUGUAAAUGCAUUAGAAGAGGCGACAACACGGCCACUGUGACCGAUACUAACAACGCUGUGCAUGGCAGCUUCAUUAUCGCUUACCAUGAGUAG